AUGGCAUCUCCUCAGAUCACCCUCUACUUUGACAUUGGAAGCCCAUUCAGCCAGAUUGGGUUCCAUGUUCUUAGGAGCUCCCCCGUCUUCUCAAAAUGCCAGAUCAACUAUGUGCCGGUAUCACUUCGGGAACUGUUCCAAAAAUGCAAUAACACCCCGCCAACUGCAGUGAAAAACAAACUCCAAUGGAUCCAAGGCGAGCGCAUAUAUUGGGGUCGUCGAUUCGGAGUUCCAAUGACCGACGCUGUGCCCAAGGGAUUCCCAACCUCGACGAUCGACAUCCAGACUGCACUCUGCCUUGUUUCCCAGUAUUCACCUGAGAAAUUAGUGUCGAUCAUUGAGAGAUUCUACAAUAUUUUCUGGGCGGAGGCAGAUACGGGUAUCACUGCACCCGAGAGGUUUUUCGCUGUUAUUGAACAGGAACUAGGCGAAGAGGCUACAAAGAAAAUUCAGUCCGAGCUGGCAACAUCAGAUGCGAAGGACAUCUUGCUUGCAAACACACAGCGAGUCUUUGACUCCGGAGCAUUUGGGUUGCCGUGGUUCCAAUGUGUCGAUACCGAAGGUAAGAGUCAAGGGUUUUGGGGGAUUGACCACUUAGGUCGCGUGGUGGACUUUCUACAGUUGGAUACUAGUCUUGAUCAGUCUUUCAGAGUGUUACUGUGA